AUGUCCAACAAACUAAGAAAUCCCCGUCGAUACCUGGCUCUACACGUGGUUCAAACCAACUUGCAACAACUCCACCGUGCGGCACUCCUCAGACACCGUCAACAACAGUUCUACAAGUCCCAACAGCUGCCUGUAGCUCCACUCCUCAGAAAAAGUACACAGCAGCGCUACAAGGGGAACCAAGACAAAGCAAGGUUUGAACACCUACUGUCCCUUGUUGGGCCACUCCUGCUGAAGCAAGCCACCUUCUCGAGAACGCCGAUCGCUCCAGCGGAGAGGCCGUCCUUCACAAUCAGGUACCUGGCUAACGGAGCCUCUCAGGCAAUAUGCACGACCAGUUACCGGAUCGGCCGGUUGACGACCUCCGGGAUAAUCAGGGACACGUGCCAGGCCCUCCACAAGGUGCUAGACCCACUCUACCGCCCUGCCCCCAACACUGGCCAGUGGGAGCGGCUCGCAGCGGAGUUCGGCAGGCUGUGGAACUUCCCGAACUGUGUCGGAGCCCUGGAUGGCAAGCACGUGGCCGUCCAAGCUCUACCUGGUAAAGGCUCCGACACAUUCAACUGCAAGGGGUUCCACAGCAUUGUCCUCUUCGCAAGCUGCGACGCCAGCUACAAGUUCACGCUGGUGGACGAAGGACUCGCAGCUGAUGCAGAAAGUGUUCAACUACAGGCUAUCCAGAACCAGGAGGAUAAUUGA